GCUCCCGAUCCCCCCUCCCGGGGUUCCGUCAUCGACACCGCCUCAUUAAUUUAAUUAAUUAAUGAACGGCUCCGAGCCGCCGCUCCCGCUUGGAAAGCGCCGCUGGAAAAGCCAGGCCGGGACUUUUCCCGAGAUCCCCAAAAAAAUCCCAAACUCGGCAGGAGGUGGAAAAAAAAAAAAAAUAAAAUAAAAUCCCGGGAAGAGAAGAGGGAAGAUGGCGUGGGAUCCACCCUGGAAUUCUCUGGGAUUUUCCUGCCUCGUCCUGGCCCGUUCCAGACUUUCCCUGGCGCAGCUGAUCGAGGCCACGACGGCGCCUCCCAAGAAGAAGCCGGAUCCGGUGACAUCGGAGACCGUGGUGAUCUGGGGGCUGCGCCUCUGGCAGGUGGUCGGGAUCUUCGCCCUCUUCGUCCUCUCCAUCAUUAUCACCCUGUGCUGCAUCUUCAAGUGCCGCAUCCCGCGCACCCGCAAGGAGAUCGAGGCUCGCUACGCCCAGCGCAAGGCGGCCAAAAACUACGCGGACAAACUGGACACAGUGCCGCCCCUGGAGGAGCUCACUGACAUUCCCGGAGGCUCUCCCGAAAAUCUCCUCACUCUCUCUGGCCAUGGCCAGUCCAGACCUCUCCACUCCCUGCCUGUGCUGAAGGAAGAGGAUGAGAUGGUUCUCCAAGGAAUUUAGGGAAUUUUGGUUCCUGGCUUCCUGUGGCUUCUCUUUUCCAAGGGGAUCCACCGACCCUUGGAAUUUCUGCUUCUCCAUUCCUGGAUUUUUCCUGUUUCCUCAACACUUUUGAUGGCUUUCUAAUUUUGCCUCUCUCCUGUGUCUCUCUGGGAGCUGUAAUUCCAUAAAAAUUGCGGUUCCAUAAUCCAUGGGGAAAGAGGCAGAUCCCACCAUUGUAGGAAUUUAGGAAUUCCUUGGAGCAAUUCAGUCCUACACCAGCAAAAUACAGAAUUACAAGCUGAACAAUGGGAAUUUGCACAAAUCCCAGGAUUUCAGGGGUGUCCAACCUGAAACUGGGAAUUCCCAACCAUGCCUCUGGAGCUGAACCCAAUUCCAUGAAUAAAUCCUUGUCCUUCCACUGAAUCCUUGUCCUUCCAGUUAAUCCUUAUCGGAUGAGAUGGUUCUCCAAAGAAUUUAGGGAAUUUUGAUUCCCAGCUGCCUGUGGCUUCUCUUUUCCAAGGGGAUCCAUCAACCCUUGGAAUUUCUGCUUCUCCAUUCCUGGAUUUUUCCUGUUUCCUCAACAAUUUUUGUUGGCUUUUCUUUCCCCUCUUUUUCCUGUAUCUCUCUGGGAGCUGUAAUUCCAUAAAAAUGGUGAUUCCACAAUUCCAUAAAAAUGGCCUUUCUGUAAUUCAGGAUGUGCUGCUUCAAUCUGUGGGGAAGGAGGCAAAUCCCAACAUUGUAGGAAUUUAGGAAUUCCUUGGAGCAAUUCAGUCCUAC